UACCUUAAGCAGCUCCGUGUGGAGCCUCAUUACUACAUGAUGUCCAUCUACAAGACGUUCUCCACGGCCGAGAAGCUGGGACUCAACGCGAGCUUCUUCAGAUCGUCCAAGGCGGCCAAUACCAUCGCCAGUUUUGUGGACCACGGGCAAGACGAGUUCCCGCUUUCACCUCUCAGGAGGCAGCGUUACAUCUUCGACGUGUCAACCCUCUCGGAAAAAUCUGAGGUUCUGGGAGCUGAGCUGAGAAUUUACACCAGAGUAUCCAGGAACAUAAGCCCGUCAGAACCGGUGGAGCUCCAGCUGCUUUCCUGCCAGGACCGACGGCCGCUGGACUCCAAAACCUUGGACCUGCAGGAUUUGUACAGGCCCAGAUGGGAAGUCCUGGAUGUGUGGGAGCCGUUCAAAGAGUGGAAGAGGCGGGAAAGCGGCGGUAAGCGUUUCUGCUUGGAGCUCACGGCCCAGUCGGACAUAUCUGAGAAGGAGCUGGACUUGAACCUACUGGGCCUCCACCGGCACGCCAGGCCUCAGCUGAAAAAGGCCAUCCUGGUGGUUUUUACCAGAUCCAAGCGGCGGCAGACGCUUUUUGGCGAGAGGCAUGCGGGCCGACGCUGGCUCGGCAGAGCCAGAGAGCACAACCGCAGCAGGCGGACGGCGGCCAAGAAGCGUCACGGUAGGAGAUCCAGGUCUAGAUGCGGCAAGAAAACGCUGCGUGUGAACUUCCGCGAGCUGGGCUGGGACGACUGGAUCAUCGCCCCGCUGGACUACGAGGCGUUCCACUGCGAGGGCGUGUGCGACUUCCCGCUACGCUCGCACCUGGAACCCACCAACCACGCUAUCAUCCAGACCCUGAUGAACUCCAUGAACCCGGGACACAUGCCGCCUAGUUGCUGCGCCCCGGCCAAGCUCAGCCCCAUCAGCAUCCUUUACAUCGACUCGGGCAACAACGUAGUCUACAAGCAGUAUGAGGACAUGGUGGUCGAGGCGUGCGGGUGCAGGUAG